AUGUCGUCAAGCAACUCAAGCAACCCAAGUACCGAAACCGCCAAAGAGAGCGUUCCCAUAACCACCGAGCCAGAUCUUCCCCCAGAGGGAGGUGUUCGAGGAUGGAUUUGUGUGGUUGGGGCUUUUAUUUGCCUAUUCUGCACUUUUGGAUUUCUCAACGCGAUCGGAGUCUUCCAAACACAUUACGAACAGAACUCCCUCCGAGAUUAUAGUUCAUCCGAUAUCUCAUGGAUAUUUGCCGUUCAGCUAUGCUUGAUGUGGGCUCUGGGUCCACUAUACGGACGUCUCCUCGAUACCUUCGGGCCUGCCCCAGUGCUCUACCCGUGCAGUUUACUAUGUGUGUUUGCUUUGUGUAUGACUAGCCUGGCAGAUGAAUACUAUCAAAUCUUCCUUGCACAAGGCCUUGGAUUUGGAAUCGGUGCCGGAGGAGUCUUCACAGCUGCCAUGGUCUGUGUUGGCCAAUGGUUUGUGAGAAGACGAGGACUGGCUCUCGGUAUUGCGGCAUGUGGGUCGAGUACCGGUGGUGUGAUUUUCCCCGUCUUCUUGAACAAAAUGGUCGGCGAUGUGGGCUUCUACGGCGCAAUCCGGUAUACAGCUUUGUUCAUUGGUAUCCUGUUGGCUGGGUCGUGUUUCAUGGUCACAUCAAGGUUGCCUCGGAAGGCAUGGAAUAAAGACGCGCCCUGGCUUGAUUUGUCUCUGUUCAAAGAGAAGCAAUUUGCUCUAUAUUGCCUAGGUGCAUUUUUUGUGAUGUGGGGACUUUGGGGUCCAUUCGAUUACCUCCCUAGCAUGGCUCAAGAAGAAGCAAAGUUCUCUCCUGACCUAGCUUUGUAUUUGAUCUCGAUAAUCAAUGCUACAUCAAUUCCCGGCCGCAUUAUCCCUCCGCAUAUUGCCGAUCAUGUCGGCCAUUUCAAUGUAAUCACCACCUGCGCAUUGUCGACAGCCAUCUCAAUACUCUGUCUAUGGUUGCCCUUCCAUUAUCACCCCUCUCAUGCGGGGCUUAUCGUCUUUGCGUUGGUUUAUGGGUUCGUUACGGGCGCCGUUGUCUCGCUACUGAUGCCCUGCGUGGCAAAGUCUGGAAAGCUGGAAACAUUGGGUGUCCGAUUCGGAACUUUCCAAAUGGUGGUUGCUCUCGGAUGUCUUACUGGCCUCCCUAUUAUGGGCGCCAUCCUGAAACAACAGGGCGGGAAGAAUUUCGCUGGCCUGGAGAUCUUUGCUGCUGUGUCUGCAUUAAUUGGUGCAUGCUUCCUCGCAAUGUCGACAUAUCAAAUGGCUCGCUCCCGAGGAACCUGGCGAGUCUGA